GGUAGCAGCGGUCCAGAGUUUGAAAUCGAAAGUCUGCGCGGCUGAGGAGCGGCUGGCUGGUUCCUGCCGGACGGUCCGGUCUGGUGUGAAGACGGUGGCGUUCCUGGCCGCCCAGUGCCUUGCACAAUGUUGGAAGAAGAGCUGGCACUCUUCGAGAAAAGCAUAAAUGAAUUUGGAGAUAAGUUCAGAAGCGGCCUCAGUGAUAAUCCUAGUCAGGUGCUGGGGCUUAGGGAUGCCUUCAAGGACUCCAUUAGAGCGCUUUCAGAAAAGCUGUCUUUGAAACUAAAGAAAGAAGAAAGGAUGGUUGAGACAUUUCUGGAAUAUCAAAAUCAGCUCUGUAAGCAGAAUAAGCUUAUUCAAGAAAAGAAAGAUAACCUGUUAAAGAUGAUUGAUGAAGUAAAAGACAAGAAGCAGGAAUUGGAAGUGCUGACAGCAAAUAUCCAGGACCUCAAGGAAGAAUAUUCUAGGAAGAAGGAAACCAUUUCUACUGCUAACAAAGCUAAUGAAGAGAGAUUGAAACGGCUGCAGAAGUCAGCGGACAUGUAUAGAGACUGCCUUGGACUAGAAAUUAGAAAGAUUCAUGGUGAUAAACUGCAGUUUAUAUUCACUAGUAUUGACCCCAAGAAUCCCGAGAGCCCAUAUAUGUUUUCCCUGAGCCUAAAUGAAGCUAGGGAUUAUGAAGUGUCCGACUGCUCGCCUCAUCUUGAGUGCCUAGCAGAAUUUCAGGAGAAAGUCAGGAAGACCAACAAUUUUUCAGCGUUUCUUGCUAAUGUUCGGAAAGCUUUUAUAGCUACGGUUUAUAACUGAUGUAGAAAUAAUGGGUGACAGUUUGUUCUACUUUGUUAUUGUAUAUAUCCUAAAAUAAUUUUCACCUCUUGCCCCUCUGUGGUUCUUCAGUGUUUUUGUGUGGUAUGAAGGAAACUAGAGUACAUCAUUCCAAAACAUGCCCCUUUGGCAUAACACUUUUGAGCUAAAAACAGUUAAACAGCAACAGAGUUGGAAAACUGCUGUGCUCUAUUUUCCUAAACACAGGACCUAAAAUGAUAAAGGUGCCUGGCCUCAUACCCACAAAGAAAGAUGGAAGUUAACUGCUAAAGAGAGCUCUUACUACUUCAGACAUGACACCGGAAAUGGACAAGCUUGCUUCAUUAACUUAUUCCCAUAAAUUUAGUCUCCAUAAUUCCCCAUCUGUGGAAGACAAAAGCCAAACCUGCCGUCUGUCUGUCACUUCUAUAAAAUCCAACUGUUCUCUGUUGAAGAUGCUGUGUAAACGUGAGUUCUAAGCCUGUUUGGAGUUUUUUGUUUGGGUUCUCCUGUCCAGUGUGCAUGCACAUGUUAAUAAACUUGAUCAGUUUUCUCUUGUGAA